UGAAAUCACAUGGAAUGGAAGACGAAUUCUACACUUCAGUUGAAGAGGAACAUAUAUUUUCAGUGAGGAAGCCAAGACGAGUUUACGUUAGAAGACCCCCUCAGCCAUUUACAUAUGCUUCUUUGAUACGAAAGGCUAUUGUAGAGUCACCUAACCAGAACUUAACAUUAAGUGAAAUCUACCAAUGGUUGCUUAAUGCAUAUUCAUAUAAACAGACAGAUGAUAUCACAACAAUGAAGAACAAUGCCAGACAAGUUCUUAGUCAUAAUAAUUGUUUUGUCCGAGUAAUUAACAACAAGAACGAAGGAGUAUGGACAGUUGAUGAGAAGGAAUUUGACAAACUUAAAGCACCACAUACAAGAUUAGUUGGCUGUUUAACUAAAAGAAGCAGUAAAUCUGUAAAUGAUCCUAAUUCAGGGAUUAUGAACAAACAAGAAACCAAGCAGAAUGAACAACUUUACCAAGUAUCACCAGAAGCUGCUAUAGAUUGUAUAGUUGAUGAUUGUAAGGAAGUUUUAUCUAGAAAAGCUGGGGAACCAGAGCCUGUGCAGAAACUACAAAAUCUUGUUAACAACAUUAAAUCCCCACCACCAUUUUACGACAGUAUUCUAAGUGAUACAAAGAUUCUACAAGAAGAAUGGGGCAAGGAGAGUGAAUGUAACUCUUCAAUUGAAGUUGACGAUUUACAAGCAUCAGAACAUUCUAUAGAAGGACAAGGAGAGAGAAUCCCAUCACCUAUAUUCAUGUUCAUAGAGAGUGAUGAUGAGAAAGAUUCUGAUAAAGAUGACCAAACUAGUUUGCAAGAUGGCGGACAGAUGAGUAAUUGGAACCAGGGCAGUAGAGUAAGACGGACAUGUUUUACCAAGAAACAAGUAGAAAUACUCCAGUCUCACUUUAACCAAAGGAAAUAUCCAGAUGCAUUCACUUUGUCAAAACUAUCUCACAAAGUUGGCAUAAACACAAGAGCUGCACAAGUCUGGUUCAAGAAUGCUAGAGCGAAACGGAGAAUGGUUGCAGAUUACUCAAACAUUGACAAUAACAGAAUUACUUCAGAACUCUAUGGAAAUGGUAACAGUUUUGGUAAAUCACCCAAUGUUGACAGGAGGUUUUGGAAGCCAGAAUCUCAUAUUGUUUUUGGGUCUUCUUUAUUACACAAGAAUCAAGUUGGUGUGUCAAAAAAUGAGAGUCCAUCAUUAAUAAAUCAUGACUCUGUUAAUUGUGUGAAAGAACCUGACAUGAUGUUAAAACACAAUAGAACUUCAUCUUGUAACCAGGAACAAGUUUUUGAAGUGAAACGUAUCCGAACAUCAGCUGACAGCAACGAACCAAUCAUUGAAGUGAAAAAGAUAUGUUCACCUAAGAAACAAGAAGUGUCUGGCAGAAAUUCAUCUCUCAACAAGGAACCAGUAAUUGACCUGACAGAUACCAGAUCAUCAUUGCCUCACAAUCAAGAGUCAUUGUUUCAAGUUGAGCAAUUCAGAAAUUAUGUCAUCAGUGGUGAACCAGUCAAUGACUUUAAGGAUACCAGUUCAUAUUUAAUUGGUAAAAACACUUCUGUCAUUGAUGUGCUACCUUCAAAUAAUUCAUUGAUAACUGUAGAACCAAUCAAUCACAAUGGUACCAGUUCAUCAACUAUCGACCACAAGGGUAACAGUACACCAAUUAUCGAUCACAAGGGUAACAGUACACCAAUUAUCGAUCACAAGGGUAACAGUACACCAAUUAUCGAUCACAAGGGUAACAGUACACCAACUAUCGACCACAAGGGUAACAGUACACCAACUAUCGAUCACAAGGGUAACAGUACACCAACUAUCGACCACAAGGGUAACAGUACAUCAACUAUCGAUCACAAGGGUAACAGUACACCAACUAUCGACCACAAGGGUAACAGUACACCAACUAUCGAUCACAAGGGUAACAGUACACCAACUAUCGAUCACAAGGGUAACAGUACACCAACUAUCGACCACAAGGGUAACAGUACACCAACUAUCGACCACAAGGGUAACAGUACACCAAUUAUCGAUCACAAGGGUAACAGUACACCAAUUAUCGAUCACAAGGGUAACAGUACACCAACUAUCGACCACAAGGGUAACAGUACACCAACUAUCGACCACAAGGGUAACAGUACACCAAUUAUCGAUCACAAGGGUAACAGUACACCAAUUAUCGAUCACAAGGGUAAUAGUUCAUCGAUUAUCAAUCUCAAGUCAAUCAUUGAUAUGAAGGAUACAAAUACCUCACUUAUAAAUUGGAAACUUAUGAGUGAUGAUAUGCUAAUAAAUGACAGUUUAACAAUAAGCAAACAAGAUACAGGUACUACAACAUUAUCACAUUUAAGUCAGGGCUCGUGUGUUGAAAUAAAGGCUUCCCAGGACUCAUGUGUUGAAAUAAAGGCUCCCCAGGACUCAUGUGUUGAAAUAAAGGCUCCCCAGGACUCAUGUAUUGAAAUAAUGGCUCCCAUGCAAUCACAUCUCAGACAGAACAUUUUUAGUGAAAAGAAAGAUUCAGUUAUCACACAGGAACCUCUUAUUGAAAUGGAAGGUACCAGUAUAUCAUUGAUCAAACAGGAACCAGUUUGUGAGGAACCAGUUAAUCAUAGUGAGACCUAUGAGGAUAUUAGUGAACCACCAGUUAGUAUAAAUCAAAUAAGUCCUUCUGAAGUGAGGGUUACUAGAAGUAGGGCAUCAUUAAUCAGUCAGAAACAUGAUAACCAGAGGCAGGGAAACAGUGUAUCCAAUCAGAAAACAGAUAGUGAUUCAAAGGUCAAGAGAACCACAAAGGCAGAUUUAUUUAAGACAGAAGAAACAGAUGAAGCAUCAGCAUCAGAGCAUGAAGAAGAAGAAGAAAAAGAAUACUCUGUAGAAAAGGUGGUUGAUUCCAGGAUCAAAAAUGGCCAAGUAGAAUAUUUACUGAAAUGGGAGGGAUACCCAGACUCUGACAAUACCUGGGAACCAGAGGACAAUAUCGAUUGUCCUGAACUUGUUACUCAAUUUGAACGCAAGAAGAAAUCUAAAGAAGAACUGAAGAGGAAACUUUCUGACUCGUUCAUGGUAUCCCCAGAGAAGAGACAGAAAACAGUAACGGAAUCUAGUCCACAAAAUGUAACAGAAACAAUUACUGCCUUAAAUGAUGCAGGAACAGAAAAACAAGCAGUUGCUAACACUUUGCUCAAGGAGCUACCUGCAGUAGGAACCAGUACAACAGGGUAUGAGGUCUUCUACAGAUUUAGAUUAAAUAACAUUAAUGAAUUGUACCCGAACUGUGAUGACAUUGGUUUAAAAAAGAUUAUAGAAAGUAAGUGGAUAGAACUUAACCAGCAGGAGAGAUAUAUGUAUUAUAUGUUGGCACUUGAAGUUUCAAAGAUGACAUCAGAAAAGCAGCUUAAAUAUUUCCAGAACCAGGGUAAACUAAGAGAGGAGAAUACAGUGGCUGCUUUAGACAUGUUAAACAAGACGGAGAUAGAUAUAAUGCAGAAGAACCAAGAAGAUAGAUUGAAAAUAAAAAAUGAUUCAUUAAAGGAGCAGAUAAAAAGUUAUGAAAUACAGAUGCAAGAGAAGGAUUUCCAGAACAAAGUUUUGAAAAAGGCAUUAGCUAAAAUCAAUGAUUCUAACAUUAAGAAUGACAUAAGUUCAACUGGUACCAAUGUUAUGUAUUUGUAUAACGAGCUUACAAGGGAACCAGAUGCAUUCAAGGACUAUUGCGGUUUGAGCUCCACUCGAUUUGAGAUUAUUUAUAAUUUGAUUUUCCAAGGGAAAAACAAAGACAGAAACUUAACAUUAAAAACAAAUCUUUUAAUGGUUUUAAGCAAGCUUUGGACUAAUAAAUUAUUUGAAUCUUUUGCAUGCGACUUAGUGAACGAGACUUCAGUUAGACAUAUUUUCAAGACUUUCUUAGGGAUAACAGCUGACAGACUAGAAAACCACUUUAUCUGGCCUAAUCGUGCAACUUUGCUAGCUAGGGUUCCAAAAGAUUUGGAACAAAAAAUCCCAAACUUAGUAGCUUUAGUUAAGUUGGUGACAGUUCCUGAAAGCAGUCAAAUAGAGUCUGAAAAUACAGUGCUAAAUAAUGAUACUAAUAAAAAGAAAGAAACCCAAACAACAGGGGAUCACUGUUACUCAUCUAUCUGUACAAAGGGAGAUAAUUCAAUGACUUAUAAAGGAUUUGUUGUUAUAGAUCUGAGUGGGUCAGUUAUCUGGUGUUCAAAGCUUGUCGAUGUAUGUGAUGGUACCAAAGACACAGAAAUAUUACACAAGUGUGGAUUAAAAGGAAAACUUGAGUCUUGUCUUAGAGAAGGAAUGCUUAAGAAAUUUGAUGCAAUUGUAUUUGAAGGUGGAGUUGCUAUUGAGAAUAAAAUAAGAAAUAUGGGACUUCAAUUUAUUAAAUCAAAAGGAAUCAAUCAUGAAUGUCAAUCAUUACAUUAUGAUAGCACUGAACCAUGUCCAUCAUUGCAUUCUGUAAACGGUGAACCGUGUCAAUCAUUACAUUUGGUAAGCGGUGAACCAUGUCAAUCUGUGAAUCCUCAUAGAUCUGUACUGUGUCAAUCGUUACAUUCUGACAGCGAUGAACCAUGUCGAUCGUUGCAUUUGUAUCGAGCUGUACCCUGUCAAUCUGACAGUGCUGAAUCAGGUCAAUCAUUGCGUCUUUAUAAAGCUGAUCCCUGUCAAAUAGUUAACAGUGGCGUACUGUCUCAAUCAUUACAUCAUGAUACGGUAGAACAGGGUGAAGCAUUGCAUCUUUAUAGAGCUGUACCACAUCAAUCAUUGCCUUCUAAAAGUGCUCAACCUUGUCAAUCAUUGCCUUCUAACAGUCCGAUGUUACUUCCACAUUGUGAUAUACUAUGUCAAAAAUUGCAUACCAACAGUGCCGACCCUUGUCAAGUGGAUUUAAUCGAUAGAGUCUUUUGUGAACUUAAAAUGUUUAAGAUUAUAUCAGAUGGUAUACCAUGUUCCCUCAAAGAAUCUAGAGAUAUCAUUUUUAAAGUGUGUUCAUUAUUGACUAAUUUUAAAAAGUAAAAUUAGGUGAAUAAAUCAUCAAAGUAUUUUCAGGUAUUUCAAAUUAUAGAAAAACAAUGUAGUUUGAUUUUUUGUAUAACAUUGAGAUUUUUUUUUAAUGUUUAAACUCAUUUUAUGUGUAAAACAUUCCAGUAAAUAAAAAACUCAUCACAGAUA